CGAGUGCGUGACCGAACAGAUGAAGGAUCUGCAAGUGGAAGAGAAGAAGAGUGGCAAAGAUGGAGGGAAAAAGAAAAGCAAGAAUGCUGGUGGAGAGGCAGGUGGCAAGGCUGAGGUUCCACAAAGCAAACUUACUCCCUGAAAACCUGCUUAGGUAACUUCAGCGGUGCACAUACCCCUGGUUGUUAUAAAGUUUUGCACUUAAUUGGACCAUUGCACAGUGGUCUGAUCACUGUUAAGUCCUCCCCCUCAGUACAUUGAGGAACGUCUGUCCAUUUAUCACAAGCUGAAGGAAGAGCAUGAUAGUCUGCUAGCUGAGAAAGCUGCAAAGGGCAGCAAGCCCAUCAAUAUCACACUUCCUGAUGGAAAAGUAGUAGAUGGGGAGUCCUGGAAGACCACACCAUACCAGGUUGCCUGUGGCAUCAGCUGGAUCAAGUCGAUCUUCAAACGUUCAUUGUUGGAUUCCCGCCCUUCUUCUGAGGAAAAUGCGAACUCUUCAUCACUAUCCAGGACCAUCUGAAGAGCUUCCUCACAUGUGUAGCAUGCCAUCUUCCAAACGUGCAGAAAACCAAGGCCUUGCUGAUAGCACCGUGAUUGCCAAAGUGAACGAUGGUGUGUGGGAUCUUGACAGGCCCUUAGAGGAAGAUUGCAGUCUUGUGUUUCUCAAAUUUGAUCAUGAUGAGGCACAAGCAGUUUAUUGGCACUCUAGUGCCCACAUAAUGGGAGAGGCCAUGGAGAGAGUCUAUGGAGGCUGCCUAUGUUAUGGACCCCCCAUCGAGAAUGGCUUUUACUAUGACAUGUUUCUUGAAAAUGAAGGCGUAUCGAGUAAUGAUUUCCCCUGUCUGGAGAACUUGUGUAAGAAGAUUAUCAAAGAGAAACAGCCCUUUGAGAGGCUAGAAGUGAAGAAGGAGACCCUUUUGGAGAUGUUUAAGUACAACAAGUUCAAGUGCAGGAUCCUCAAUGAGAAGGUUACCACACCCACAACUACAGUUUACAGGUGUGGCCCAUUGAUUGACUUGUGCAGAGGACCUCAUGUAAGACAUACUGGAAAGAUCAAGGCUUUGAAAAUCCACAAGAAUUCCUCUACGUACUGGGAGGGCAAAGCUGACAUGGAAAGCCUACAAAGGAUCUACGGCAUCUCCUUCCCUGAUCCCAAAAUGCUGAAAGAGUGGGAGAAAUUCCAGGAAGAAGCCAAGAACAGGGAUCAUCGCAAACUGGGACGAGAACAAGACUUGUUUUUCUUCCAUGACCUAAGCCCAGGUAGCUGUUUCUUCCUACCUAAAGGAGCCUACAUCUAUAACACGCUGAUCGAGUUCAUUAGGAGUGAAUACAGAAAGAGGGGAUUCCAGGAAGUGGUCACACCUAACAUCUACAACAGCAAACUGUGGCAAACCUCAGGGCACUGGCAACACUACAGCGAAAACAUGUUUUCAUUUGAAGUGGAGAAGGAGAUCUUUGCGCUCAAGCCCAUGAACUGCCCUGGACACUGUCUGAUGUUUGACCACCGGCCACGCUCUUGGAGGGAACUGCCUUUACGUAUGGCUGACUUUGGGGUCUUGCACCGCAAUGAGUUGUCAGGAGCUUUGACUGGCCUGACCAGAGUCCGGCGCUUCCAACAGGACGAUGCUCACAUCUUCUGCUCUAUGGACCAGAUUGAGUCAGAGAUAAAGGGUUGCCUGGACUUCCUGCGUACAGUGUAUGAUGUGUUUGGCUUCACCUUCAAACUGAACCUCUCCACCAGGCCAGAAAAGUUCCUUGGAGAGCCUGAAGUGUGGGACCAGGCUGAGAAACAACUGGAGAACAGCCUGAAUGAUUUUGGGGAAAAGUGGGUUCUGAAUCCUGGUGAUGGAGCUUUCUAUGGACCAAAGAUUGACAUUCAGAUAAAGGAUGCCAUUGGCAGGUAUCACCAAUGUGCCACCAUUCAGCUGGACUUCCAGUUACCCAUUCGCUUCAAUCUCACCUUUGUAAGCCAUGAUGGUGAUGACAAGAAGAGACCUGUGAUCAUCCACAGAGCAAUCCUGGGCUCAGUGGAACGGAUGAUUGCCAUCCUCACUGAAAACUAUGGUGGAAAGUGGCCACUGUGGCUAUCACCACGUCAGGUGAUGGUUGUUCCUGUAGGACCCACUUGUGAUGACUAUGCCCAAAGAGUCCAACAAGAGUUCCACAAUGGAGGCUUGAUGACGGAUGUUGAUCUGGACCCAGGCUGCACGCUUAACAAGAAGAUCAGGAAUGCUCAGUUGGCUCAGUACAAUUUCAUUUUAGUGGUGGGUGAAAAGGAGAAGAGCAGCGAAACGGUGAAUGUUAGGACUCGUGACAACAAGGUGCACGGAGAGAGGAGUCUGACUGACUGCAUGGAACGCCUCAAGCAGCUGAAGGCAUCAAGAAGCCUCAACGCAGAGGAGGAAUUCUGAGCUCCCCAAACUUCCUGCCAAGUCUUCCUUCAAAUACCAGCUUGGUGUCCACUGUGCAACAGUGUGCCCUUCUGCAUAGUAAAUGAUCUAAAACCUUUCACUUGGAUCUGUAUGGUUCAUUUUAAAUCAGUAAUAAUAUUUUAUAAUGAAUCAGCCAGUUGUCUGAAAUGUAUAGAAACUGUAGAACUGUUUAUUUAAUUGUCAAUACAGAUUGUUUUUUUCUUACAAAACAAUGCUUUGGGAAUAUUCAUUUGUGAGCUAGCUGGAUACUCUGUUAUUGGAAAGGAACUUUUCUAUCAAUGUAUGUGUAUGGGUAAAUGAUGAUCAUGUCUUAUUGCUUGCCUCAAACUGGGUCUGGUUUAUUGCCAGUGGAAUAAAAAUGUCUGGCUUAAGUUGACUUUUGACUUGAAAUUCAAAUUGGAAGCGGUGUAGGCUGUAAUAUGUCCUCUUCAUCAUCAUAAACAUACGGGAGCACAAUAGACUCAUAAUGGUUGAUAGAUGUAUUUGUUUACAACCUUUACACAAUACUCAAGUUUACUUUCACUUUCAGUUGGUUUAUGCGGAUGAUUUCUAAGAAAUUGCCGGAGUGACUGGAGAUCGCUCAUCCUCGACAAGAAAGCGCGAGUCGGGCACUAUUAGCGAACUUAAAUCUUUAAAUAUUUUAAUGAUUUGGCAUUGUAGCAUUUUCGAAAUGUAUUAGUGAAAAUAGGGUGUUUUUACCCUCAGCUUUUAAUCGCAGCCGGUCGUUUUGACAGCUGACACAAGCUUCGUCUUAAGGAUGUUUACUGACAAACAAGCUUCAGUUGUUUUUAACGGUAGUAGUUCUAUUUAAUUGAUUCAGCGGAAAGCAGCGCUGCUUUUAUCGAGACAGGAUCUUGCUUUAAAUAAUUGCUUGUAGCAUUUGAUAAAAGUUCUGCAAUGGACUUUACAGAUGAGGAGAAAUUAUGGCUGCUUAGAAUAUCUGCUGAGAUACCUGAAGGAAAUGAACUUGCUCCAAAGGAGAAGCGACUCUUGGAAAAGGCAAAGCCAGAGACUGAAUUUCAGGCCCAGUUCUUCCAGCUUAUGGCCGCCAAACAGUUUGGACUGAAUGAUCCGACAAUAUCAACCAAAGUGAUAAAGAACCCUGUCCACCAGAGAAGCAGUGUCUCAUCACAAUGUGGAUAGUAACAAAACACCAACAGGAUUUUCAUUUGCAUACCUGUUAUUGACAGUUUGACCAUUAGGUUAACAGUCAUGUCAUUGCCCCCAAAUUUGGGUAUUGGACUUUUUAAUGUAAAGUUGUUAACCACAGACUGGAAAGCCUUCAAACACCAACACAGAAAACAAUAUGUCAGAUAAAUUGAUGCUGUAAAUAAAAUACCAUAUGGAAAUUUAUAGGAUAAGAUAGAAUUAUUUUAUUUAUAAACAAGGGGGAAAUUUUAGCACAAAGCAGGACCUAACAGAUCACUGUAUCACUCAGGACGCAAGUAUAAAACAUGAAACUGUUGGGUUAUGUAUGAAAUGCAAGAUUCACGAGUUUGCCUGCCCAUAUAAUCUGAGUGAUAAAGGGUAAAUGUAAUUCUGAUUGUAAGUGUUCCUGGCAAUAAAUAAAUCAGUGUGUUGUAUUACUUUUA